UGUGUCGCCACCGUCGACUUGUUACUAAAACUGUAGAAGGAACAAGCCGGCGACCAGUUGCUACCGAUGUCUUCAGGUAAUACGAGUUGUAAUGCUUCAGUGCCAUGUCGAACGUUUCAAUGUAACCUCUACCAAACUCUUGUAUCGUGUCUGAAGAAAAAAAUGGGCAACGGUGCUACAACUGCAACUAAAAACAGUAACGCUCCUUCAGGUGAUGCUGAAGAUUUUAGGAGACGACAGGAGCAGAGUAAAGAUAUGCCCAACGAUUUAAACGAAGCUCGAAGAACAAUAGAGCAUCAGGCUAGAGAAAUUUUACGUCUGACUCAAGAAAUUCAUAAGUUAAAGUCGGUUCUAGAGAUAAAACUAACAGGAAACAAUGAAAAACCAGAUAUUUUGGCAACUUUACACGAAACGCAUUCGACAGCUGUUAGCAAGAAACAGGGAGUUUCAGGCGAGACUCAUAGUCAAGGAAUUAAAAGUUUUCAAAUAGCAAAAUAUGAGAAAGAUUAUCGUUCCAGACAACUGAUCAAAGACGCCAUUAUGGAAAACGACUUUUUGAAGAAUUUGGACAUCUCUCAAGUACGCGAAAUAGUCGAGUGUAUGUACUCUCAAGAGUUCAACGAAGGUUCUCUCGUGAUAAAAGAAAAUGAUGCAGGAAGUCAUCUCUUUGUAUCUGCAGAGGGACAAUUCGAGGUAUUGAAAGGCUCCACUGUGAUAGGAAAUAUGGGACCUGGCAAAGCAUUCGGAGAGCUGGCAAUUUUGUAUAACUGCACCAGAACAGCUAGCGUAAGAGCCUUGUCCGACACUAAAGUAUGGGUUCUCGAUCGACAGCUCUUUCAAGCUAUCAUGAUGAGAACUGGCCUACAGAGACAGGAAGAAAACAUGAGUUUCUUACGAAGCGUACCUUUGCUUAAGGAUCUUUCUAAUGAAAUUUUAUCAAAAAUGGCUGAUGUGUUGGAAGUUGAUUUCUAUCCGCCAGGCGAAUAUAUUAUCCGGCAAGGUGAAAGAGGGGACACAUUUUUCAUCCUCAGCAGUGGAAGUGUUAAAGUUACUCAAAAAUUACCAGAAUGUGAAGAGGAAACAGAAAUUCGAAUCCUGCAACGAGGAGAAUGUUUCGGAGAACAGGCUCUUCUAAGAGAAGAAAGACGAACGGCCAACGUAAUUGCUCUGCAGCCUGGAGUAGAAUGCCUGGUGCUAGAUAGAGAGUCCUUCAAUCAAUUAAUUGGCGAUCUUCAAGAGUUGCAAGAUAAGCAUUACGACGACAGUUCUCUUUUAAAAAGACUUUCUUCUUCGAUUCCAAUUUUUUUAGCAGACGAAAAAGAACAAGAACUGUCUUCUGUUACUUUGGAAAAUUUACAAAUUAUCGCGACUCUGGGAAUUGGAGGAUUCGGAAGAGUCGAAUUGGUUCAACUUACUACUGACAAGGAGAAGACCUUUGCAUUGAAAUGUUUGAAGAAACAUUACGUGGUAGAAACUCAACAACAGGAACACGUUAUAAGCGAGAAGAAGACGAUGAUGAUAUGUAGGCAUCCUUUCAUCUGUAGACUUUAUAAGACGUUUAAAGACUCGAAGUACGUGUAUAUGCUGAUGGAAGCUUGUUUAGGGGGAGAAGUUUGGACAUUUCUUAGAGACAGAGGAUCCUUCGAUGAUGCAACCACACGAUUCUAUACUGCUUGCGUGGUCGAAGCUUUGGAAUAUCUUCACGGGAUAAAAAUUAUAUAUAGAGAUUUAAAACCUGAAAAUUUAUUACUAGACAAGGAUGGAUACGUCAAAUUGGUUGAUUUUGGAUUCUCUAAGUAUCUCGCUAAUGGACAGAAAACGUGGACGUUCUGUGGCACUCCUGAGUAUGUAGCACCCGAGAUAAUUUUAAAUAAAGGGCACGAUCGAGCCGUAGAUUAUUGGUCCAUUGGUAUCCUAAUGUACGAAUUACUAACAGGAAUGCCUCCUUUCACGUCUAACGAUCCGAUGAAAACUUAUAAUAUUAUUUUAAAGGGAAUUGAUGCUUUGGAAUUCCCUAGAAGUAUUGGUAAAAAUGCACAAUCACUUAUUAAAAGACUCGGAAGAGAAAACCCAACAGAGAGACUAGGAUAUCAGAAAAACGGAAUAGCAGACAUUAAAAAGCACAAGUGGUUCCAAGGUUUUAAUUGGGAAGGGUUACGGAGUAGAACUCUAGUACCACCAAUCGUACCUAAAGUUAAUAGUCCUACAGAUACGAGUAACUUUGAUACUUUUCCACACGAAUUCGAAUUACCUCCAGACGAAUAUUCAGGCUGGGACGAAGAUUUCUAGCAAAUUAAAACAAAAAGUGCUAUACAUCUUAUGUAAAUACAUUGUUAAGAUUGUUUCUAUGACGAAUGUAUUUUUUACACAUAAAAUAUUCGAAUGGAAAUGUGGGAUAAAAAUACUGUUUCAGAUGUAAAUUCUGAUAUAUAUUUUAUAAAAGAAUAAAAAGAAAAAAGAUUUUAUGUCAAACUGAAGCACUAUUUCUGAUUUAAUUCGACAUAAAAUUUACAUCUUAUAGUAUAACCUACAAAUUUAUAAAAGUAAAUAC